AUGCGUCUUUUAAAUCUUGCAUCACGAAACGCAACUAUGGCCAGCAGAAGUGCCACCUUCUCUGCUCGUCAAACACGAUUGGCAACGUCCAAUUUGCAUUCAUCCGCAAUCAGAUUUAGAGAACCAACACAAUCAGAAGAAUCAGUUAAAGCUGAAAAGCAUAAUCAUUCACCUGAAGAAUUACAAAAACAAACUGCAAAAAAAUCAACAGAUCAAUUUAAAGAAGAAAAUCAUUUUCCAACAGCAAGUGAAGAAGCUGCAAAAGCUGACGUUGCAAAUCAUGAUCCUUUACCAGAUCAUAAAAAGAAGAAAUCUUCAUCAAAACCUUAA